AUGAGAAGGACGUUGAGAGUCCUCUGGCAGUAUGGUGUUCACACUCCCCAUGGGAAUGUUUAUAAUGGGGCCAAAAUGAAAAACUGGCCUGAGCAGAAAAUACCGGAUAACUUUAAAUUUACGGAGGAAAUGCGUUUUAGGGCAAAAUCUUUGCCCCGUGAUGUAGGAAAGAUACCACGUGACUUUGUUCUCAGUGUUCUUUAUCGCCACCAGCCCUGCGAGGUGAGCAGUCUCUGGGAAUACUGCACAAAUGAUCCUUCUAUUGUCCUUGACAGCAAAAAACAUCUUCGAGAUGUCUUAAAACAGGCAAGAGAGGAGGGCUUCAUCACAUUUGAGCGCGACUCUGUUAGCAGUGAGUGGCUCUGCUACAUCACACGAGAGCGCUACGAAGAGGUGCGGCGAAUCGCCGCUGCCAAGACGGAGGCGACGGAUGUCUAUUCGGCUCUCCGCGGCUCUAGUGCCACCGAGACAUCCUCAUACGCUGAGAGAUUCCGAGAGAUGAAUGAUGUUGCAAAGGAAGAACACGUGCGUCGUCUCGAGGAGGAGGUGGCGGCGACGACAAAACAUCUGCGCUCCUUCCAGCGAAAGGAGAUUGAUUACUUGCCGUACACAGACCUUAAUGGAAAGGUGAACUUUAUGUGGUGGUACGAAACACGGGAUGUGCAGCCGAAGGGAGCCGACGUGCUGCCAGGCUCUUCGGAUGAGUUCAUUGGCGGUGCGAAUGAUACCGCGCAACUUGAAAAAUGA